AUGGCGGAUCUCGAAGCUGUCCUGGCGGACGUCAGCUAUUUGAUGGCAAUGGAAAAGUCUAAAUGUACCCCAGCAGCCAGAGCAAGCAAAAAGAUUGUUCUACCUGACCCAAGUGUACGAAGUGUUAUGCACAAAUAUAUGGAAAAGAAAAAUGAAGUUAAUUUUGACAAAAUAUUCAAUCAAGUCUUAGGUUAUUUAUUAUUUAAGGAAUUCUGUGAACAAACGUCAGAAGAACCAGUGCCACAAUUAAAGUUUUACGAGGAGAUCAAAUUAUAUGAAAAGCAAGAAUGCGUGGAGGAGAGGCGGCGGAUCGCAAGAGACAUUUACGAUAAUUUUAUUAUGAAAGAACUCCUUGCUCAUUCCCACGAUUAUUCUAAAGAGUGUGUAGCGCAUGUACAGAAAUAUCUAUUGAAACACGAAGUACCACCGAACCUAUUUGAGCCAUACAUUGAAGAGAUAUUUCAACAUUUAAGAGGCGAGCCAUUCAGAAGUUUUCUAGAAAGCGACAAAUACACGAGGUUUUGCCAAUGGAAGAAUUUAGAGCUGAACAUACAACUAACGAUGAAUGACUUCAGCGUACAUCGCAUUAUCGGGCGAGGAGGCUUCGGCGAAGUGUACGGAUGCAGGAAAGCUGACACAGGAAAAAUGUACGCAAUGAAAUGUCUCGACAAGAAACGUAUAAAGAUGAAGCAAGGUGAAACCCUCGCGCUCAACGAGCGAAUUAUGCUCUCUCUAGUCAGUACCGGGGUGGACUGCCCAUUCAUAGUGUGUAUGACGUACGCCUUCCAUACACCCGACAAGCUUUGCUUCAUAUUGGAUCUCAUGAAUGGCGGAGAUCUUCAUUAUCACCUGUCGCAGCACGGUGUCUUCAAUGAGGCUGAAAUGAAGUUUUACGCCGCUGAAGUUAUAUUAGGACUGGAGCAUAUGCACAAACGUCACAUCGUGUACAGAGAUUUGAAGCCUGCGAACAUCUUACUGGAUGAGCACGGUCACGUCAGGAUAUCGGACUUGGGUCUCGCCUGUGAUUUCUCCAAGAAGAAACCUCACGCUAGUGUCGGAACCCACGGCUACAUGGCGCCCGAAGUGCUGUCCAAGGGCACGGGCUACGACUCCUCGGCAGACUGGUUCAGUUUCGGGUGCAUGCUUUACAAACUGCUCAAAGGCCACUCGCCCUUCCGCCAACACAAGACCAAGGACAAACACGAGAUCGAUCGGAUGACCUUGACCAUGAACGUGGAACUGCCGGAGUCCUUCAGCCCGAGUCUGAAGAGUCUGCUCGAAGGUCUGCUGCAGAGGGACAUCAACAAGAGACUCGGCUGCAAGGGCAAAGGGGCGGACGAAGUGAAGGAGCACGUGUUCUUCGCCGGAAUCGAUUGGCAACAAGUGUACCACCAGAAAUACACUCCGCCCCUCAUCCCGCCCAGGGGCGAGGUCAACGCCGCCGACGCCUUCGACAUCGGCAGCUUCGACGAGGAGGACACGAAGGGAAUCAAGCUCACCGAAUCGGACCAAGCGCAGUACAAGGACUUUCCCCUGGUCAUAUCCGAACGCUGGCAGAGCGAAGUGGCCGAGACGGUGUUCGAAACCGUCAACCAGGAGGCCGAUAAAAUGGAGAUGAAGAAGAAAUCCAAGCAGAAACAGAAGUUCGACGCUGACGAGAAAGAAUCCGACUGCAUACUCCACGGCUACAUCAAGAAGCUGGGCGGCCCCUUCGCCAGCGCGUGGCAGACUCGAUACGCCAAACUGUACCCUAAUCGACUCGAGUUGCACCUGGAGAACAGCGCUAAGCCGGAAAUGAUUCUGCUGGACAUAGUCGAGGAGGUCUCCUCCGACCUCGUCUCCGUGAAGGGAGAGCAGUGCAUCGUGCUCAGAACCAGAAACGACACGAAGAUCGUGCUCACCAACACGGACGAAAUCGGUCUGAAGGAAUGGGCGACUUCGCUCCGCUCCGCCCACAAGUGCUCCCAGGAGCUGCUCGCCUCGAUGGCGAAGAAGGCCGGCAAGAUAUACGGCACCGACGGGGCGAAAGAGCCGGCCUCGGGGCGGCCCCCUCCGGCGGCGUCGCCGGCCCUCACGAGAGCCCCCAACGGGAACAACUAG